AUGACGACAAGUACCAUAAGUCCAGUCAACGCAGAAGGUAGAUCAAAUUCAGAUACUGAUUCGAGGGAAGAAGACUCCACACAGAACAAUGGGCCACAACAACAACACAAAUCAGCUGAUUCAAGCGGAAAAUCGGAAAAUCCUUCUUCUAGCCUUUCACCAACUGAACCACCGCAGCAGACUACAACAACAUCGUCCACAGCUUCAAAUGUUUCAACGAACAAUGGGCCACAACAACAACACAAAUCAGCUGAUUCAAGCGGAAAAUCGGAAAAUCCUUCUUCUAGCCUUUCACCAACUGAACCACCGCAGCAGACUACAACAACAUCGUCCACAGCUUCAAAUGUUUCAACGGUGACUGCAGAAAACAAAACCGCAAACAGAGAGACCACAGAGGCGCCCUACUCUUUUGACUUUGGAACGGACUUUAAUUUGGAGCAAAUCGAUCCGCUCCUUUCGAAUACUGAUUCAAUCAUCGAAGAGUUAUUCCGCUCAACUAGGCCAACAACCGGCAGCUCACCGAAUGAGAGCACAGUCGCUACGACAAUUGCUCCUCCG